CCUUUUCGUUGUGAGAUAUAUUUAAGGACGAAAAGAGUACUAGAUUGGAAUAUUGGAUAAUAUUUUACCUGAUCCAGCCGGAUCCGUGCAGGUCUAGCCCUAGUUUGGCUUCUAAGACUCCCUUUUUAGAUUCUCCUUGGAGAUUUUUUCUAAUAAAUUUGCGAUCAUAGUUUUCUCCAACCCUAAUUCUUCCCUUUCUUUUUUCUUCCUCCUCCGGAUUCGUAAUUUAGCCUGUGUUUUACCCAUAUUUCCCUGGUUUACUGCUCAAUCUACGCACGUGUGUAUGAAAAGUCUCAAAUCUACAAUUCUGUUCGGUGUUCGUUUAAUCGUUUGAGGAGAGGAGAUGGAUAAAAUUGCGGCUCGAAGUAGUGGAAUUUCAAUUUAUCAAAAAAUCAGCUUCUUCGGGCAUGAAAUCCGAUUCAGAAGGAUGAUCGAUUCGUAUUGCGUCGCCUGUGAAGCGUUUUCCGAGCAUCUCCUUCUUUGAUCGCUGGUUUUGUUUUGCAGCUCGUUGCUCUUAAAUAAGAGAAUUGAUUUUUGUUGCGAAGAUGGAUGAGUUUGUGUUUCCUUGUGUGGGAAAAGGAAAGUUUGAAGCUUCUGAUUCUGACGUGGUGGAAGUAUCCCCUAACAAGCGAUACCUCAGGUAUAAUGAAAUCCUGGGCAGUGGCGCAUCUAAGACUGUCUAUAAGGGGUUUGAUGAAACUGAUGGAAUUGGGGUGGCAUGGAACCAAGUUCACUUAGACGAUGCAUUACAAUCUCCAAAGAAUUUGGAAAGAUUGUAUACCGAGAUUCACUUGUUGAGGUCCUUGAAGCAUGAGAACAUCAUAAAGUUGCAUUGUUUCUGGGUCGAUAAUGAGAAGAAAACAAUUAACAUGAUCACUGAGUUAUUCUGCUCUGGAAGCAUGAGACAAUUUCGGAAGAAGCACAAAGUUGUUGAUAUUAAGGCCAUUAAGAAAUGGGCUAGGCAGAUUCUACAAGGUUUACAUUAUCUUCACAGUCAGAAUCCACCUGUUAUUCAUAGAGAUGUGAAGUGUGAUAAUAUCUUUAUAAAUGGGAAUAGCGGUGAAGUAAAAAUAGGAGAUUUUGGAUUGGCUACAAUGAUGAUGCAGCCUACUGCCAGAAGUGUUGUUGGUACUGCUGAAUUUAUGGCACCUGAGCUCUACGAUGAAGAGUAUGACAACCUUGCUGACAUUUACUCCUUUGGCAUGUGCUUAUUGGAGCUCAUAACAUGUGAAUGCCCAUACAGUGAAUGUAUAAAUCAGGCACAGAUCUUUAAAAAAGUUACCUCGGGUAAAAAGCCAGCUGCUUUGGAUAAAGUUAAAGAUCUCGAAGUGAAGCAAUUUAUAGAAAAAUGCUUGGUCCCGGCAUCCCAGCGAGCAAGUGCAUCAGAACUUUUGAAAGACUCAUUCCUGUCGCCUCACAGUUCAACAGAACUCUGUUAUGAUCCUUUGCUGAGUCCAACUUCCAUGUCAAAAUCCACAAGCUUGUCAAGUUCUGAAUCUCUCUCAAUGGACAUUGAUCCUUCUUCUAGAAUGCUUGGGAGUGUUGCUUGUGCUGAAAGCAAGAGUGGGGUACUCCAAACUUUUGAGUUUCUGAGCUGCAAUGAGAAGAACAAAUUUAAGUUAGAAGGGGAGAAGUGUAACGAAAAUUCAAUUUCGUUACACUUGCAUAUUGCUGGCUUUGGUGGUAACGUGAGAAAAAUUGAUUUCCCGUUCUACCCAGAAUGUGACACUGGCCUCUCAAUUGCUGGCGAGAUGGUUGAACAACUGGAGUUAUCAAACGAAGAUGUGGCGGUAAUAGCUGACCGGAUCGAUACUUUGGUAUUAAAACUCAUACCAAACUGGAAGCCAUCAUGCACAAUUUUGGGUGCUGCCAACAUCUCACAUGACGCUCUUGAGAACGAAUCAAAAGUGAUCGCCAGCCAAGGCACUACUGACCAGAUCAUCCUUCGGAAUAACAGUGUCGAGGAGGAAUUGGUCCAAGCAUCCUUGAAACUUGAUGAGCAUGAGAAGUCGUUUCGAUCUGUUGAUGAAGGGUGUUCAAUGGUAUCCUUUGCCAGUUCGAUGAAUGCCAAAUCGGGCAGUAUUAGUUCAGGCAUUUCUUGCCUCUCUGUAGCAGAGAAGGGACACAACGAAGAUGCAUUGAAGCGAGAAAUAGACGCUUUUGAUAUGAAGAAGCAUCUGCAGCAUUGCCGUGAAUUGGUGAGGAUGAGGGAGUCAACCGGGAAUUGUAGGAGGAAAUGGCUAACAAAGAGGAAGAUAUGUAGGGGGAAAUGGAUAACAAAAAGGAAGAUUGAUGCCUUUUGAUUGUUCAUACUCAAACAAAUGUGAUUUUUUUUUCUUCUUUUUGGGAUAUUAUAUUUUUAUUUCCAUCCCGGAAAGGUUUUUCUCCCUUUCCACAGAAAAUCACUUGGUUUUUCAAUGUUACUGAGUUAACCUUUAUAUACUAGUUUGCCAAUUGCCAUUAGAGCAGAAGUACUGGGUUGGUCCACAUCUAAUUUUAUUGUUCAUUAGCCUAGUUAGUUAAUUCAUGUAUAAUAUGCAUGUAUCUAUUAAACAUUUGUUCUUAAU